AUGGGUGUCACAGGCCUGUGGACUGUGCUGAAGCCUUGUGCUCGCCCGAUUAAACUUGAAACCCUAAACAAAAAGCGACUCGCGGUCGAUGCGUCGAUAUGGAUAUAUCAGUUCUUGAAAGCGGUGCGCGAUAAAGAAGGCAACGCUUUGAGAAACGCCCAUAUUGUUGGGUUCUUCAGGCGAAUAUGCAAACUACUCUAUUUUGGGAUCAAGCCUGUUUUCGUUUUCGACGGGGGUGCCCCGACAUUGAAGCGUCAAACGAUAGCUUCGAGAAAAAAGCGGAGAGAAGGUAGGAGAGAAGAUGCUACUAAGACCGCGAGUAAGCUGCUGGCUGUGCAGCUACAGAAGUUGGCAGAAGAGGAGGAGAUGAGACGAAAAGAGCAAAGCGCUCGGGUCGACGAACAACAGCCUUUACCAGAAAAUUUGGUGUACGCAGAAGAAGUGUUUAUGACUCCCAAAGAGAGGCGACAAAAUCGUCAAUUUCGCAAGAAGGAUGCCUAUCAUCUUCCGGAAUUAGACGUUUCUCUCGAGGAGAUGGGCGCUCCAAACGACCCAAGGAUUAUGUCCCAUGAAGAACUGGAAGAAUAUGCUCGUCAGUUUCAUUCUGGAGAAAACAUAAAUCUUUAUGACUUCUCCAGCAUUGAUUUUGACAGUCCAUUUUUCUUGAGUUUGCCUGCUAGCGAUCGCUACAACAUUUUAAAUGCGGCAAGAAUAAGGAGCAGGCUCCGAAUGGGCUACUCAAAAGACCAGCUUGAUACAAUGUUUCAAGACCGCAUGGCAUUUUCCAGAUUUCAGAUCGAACGCGUCAAGGAACGUAAUGAUUUGACUCAGAGGUUAAUGCACAUCAAUGGGAUGAAUGGUGAUGACCCGAUUUAUGGAUCAAGCUCCCGCAUUGCAGGCGAGAAAAAUAAAGAAUAUGUUUUAGUCAAAGAUAAUAAUGUUGAAGGGGGAUGGGCACUGGGAGUUUUUGGGAACCGCGAUGGCGAGCACCAGAACAAACCGAUUGACCUUGAGUCGGAUGACAACCAGCUUGACAAUCACGAAGAAUCGGAGGAUGAGGACAUCGAAUUUGAGGAUGUACCAAUUUCGGGACUUAGCCAACUUCCCGACCUCCCAAUUUUUGAACAAGGCGUGUUCGAUCAAUCCAUUCCCCAACAUGUACUACAAGUCUCGCAGGAAAGACGAGACCUUUAUGACUCACGCCGUCAGGCAGCGGGACUUGUUCGUGAGAGGCCAAUAGAUACUGAAGCUGCUGAUAAUGAUGAAUUAUUUGUUUCGGGCCAGAUGGCACCCUCCACAGGAGGCUAUGACCCGCUUUUCGAGGAUAACGAUGAUGAAAACCUCCGUCGAGCUAUUCAGUUGUCACUGGAAAAACCAAAUGAUUCUGAUAACGAAGAGGACAUGGCCAGAUUUCCAUUUCCAGAUGGACAAUCGAACUUGUUGAACCCCGCUGCCGAUGCCUCAGCCCGGGAUUCUACAAAGCAAGUACUAGAGACAGAAGACAAUGGAGUGGACCUAUUCGCCGCCAUAGCAAAGUCUCAACCUAUCCAUCCGAGCUCUACCGUGCAGUCGUCGGCCCGUCAGUUCAACGGGCCGCUUCCGUUCAAGCCAUUCAAAGUUACGAAAAUUACGAAAAGCGGAACCGCCCGAAUAGAUUCGGUUGGCGAGGCCGCCGGCGGGUUUGAGCGGACUGAAAAUAAUGAACCCAUAAAAUCCAAGCCUUUACCGCCUUGGUUUUCAGGGAACAAACAACGACAAGAGUUUAUCGAACAGGAACCCGACGGGGAAUAUUCUGGUGAAAGCCGAUAUCAGCAGACGACUCAGUAUAGUGAUAUUUCAGCUAAUUCAAAGCCCGUGGAGGUAAUCGAUUUAGUUGAAGACGGGUCCCCCAAGUCCCCCAACGUCGAAAUCGAGUCACGUUUCCCGCCUACAGUGCAACGUUCUCUACGUUCUGAGUCCGAAGUUUUUGACGAUAAACAACACAAAGAACCAAGUCGCUCUCCAGCCAAAUCAAAUAUUGGGUUAUUAUUUGAGAGUGCGGGAUCUGCGGCUGUUGUAUCAGACGCCAUAAAAAACGAUGCAAGCAUGGAGAGUCCUGUUUUGGAGCAAACUGUGAAAGAGAAAUCUCCAACGGCAGAAUUUGAAGACGUGGAUAUAUCUCGGGUUAUUGGAGCCGGAGUUAACCCUAGUUCACAUCCGGUGAUCCCCCUUGAGCUAGCAGAGGAUACAACACAAGAACUAUUCGAAGAAGUCCAGUUUUCCGAUCCCGAGGAGGCUGAAUUAAUUCAUCAGCUUGCAGCCGAGACGGAGGAAUACGCCAGGUUCGCUUCUACGCUAAACUUCAAAAGCCAAGCCGAAAAUGCAGAUGCGUUUGAUCGCGAAUUGAAGCAGUUACGCGCCCAGCAGAAAAAGGACAGAAGAGACGCCGAUGAGGUAUCACACAUAAUGGUUACUGAAUGCCAGCAGUUAUUGAAACUGUUUGGGCUCCCUUAUAUCACCGCUCCAAUGGAAGCCGAGGCGCAGUGCGCGGAGCUAGUAUCUUUGGGCCUCGUUGAUGGCAUCGUAACAGACGAUAGCGAUACAUUUCUCUUUGGCGGCACGAGAGUAUACAAGAACAUGUUCAAUCAGGCCAAAUUCGUGGAAUGUUACCUUGUUAGCGACUUGGAGAAAGAGUAUUCCCUCGAUCGCAAAAAGCUCAUUAGCUUCGCGCAUUUGCUGGGCAGCGAUUACACUGAAGGCAUCCCCGGCAUCGGCCCGGUCACCGCGCUGGAAAUAUUAACGGAAUUUUCAGACCUUGAAGAUUUCAAAGACUGGUGGUCGCAAGUGCAAAUGGGAGUUUCGAUUCCAGACGACGUUCAUUCGAAGUUUCGAAAGAAAUUCAAGAAAAAUGCUGCAAAACUAUUCCUUCCGCCGGCAUUUCCUGAUCGGCGGGUUGAUGCAGCUUACUUGGAACCCGAAGUCGAUUCCGAUCCUUCAGCAUUCCAAUGGGGUGUCCCUGAUUUGGAAGCGCUUCGCCACUUCCUGAUGACCGCCGUUGGAUGGUCCCCGGAACGGACUGACGAAGUACUCGUCCCAGUUAUCCGGGAUGUCAAUCGCAGGGAGCUGGAAGGCACCCAAGCCAAUAUUACACAAUUUUUCGAAGGUUCUCAAGGUGCCGGUGCUUUUGCUCCACAGCGCCGGACAGGUGGCCAGAGUCGCAUGGAGAAAGCAUUCACGCGGCUGAGAGACGAAACCGCAGCCAAGCGAAAAGCCGACGACGCAGGGAGCACGUCGGUUCCUACGAUCGAAAUUGAAGAUCCAGAACGCCAUGCACCUGAACCAUCGAGGAAAAGGCAGAACAAGGGUCGGGCACCAAUGGUUCACGAUAAUGAACUUGGGCAAGGCACAGAAAAAAGCCGGAAGAAGAAACGAAAAGCCACCAAUGCUAGCUGA